UCUCCAAAGCCCCCUGUACUCUGUUUUCUCUUCUCGCACGGCCCCCCUCGCUUCUCCCCCUUCCUCCUCCGCGCCGCCGCCUCCCACCUCGCCGUGCCCAGGAUGUGGGGCAGCGCCGACGGCGGGACGCCGGAGGUCACCCUAGAGACCUCCAUGGGCGCCUUAACCGUCGAGAUGUACUACAAGCACGCGCCCAAGACCUGCCGGAACUUCGCCGAGCUAGCACGCCGCGGCUACUACGACAACGUCAUCUUUCACCGCAUCAUCAAGGAUUUCAUCGUGCAAGGUGGGGAUCCUACUGGAACCGGCAGAGGUGGCGAGUCCAUCUACGGAGCAAAAUUUGAGGAUGAAAUAAAGCCAGAGUUGAAGCACACUGGGGCCGGAAUUCUGUCCAUGGCAAACGCUGGUCCAAAUACUAAUGGAAGCCAGUUCUUCAUAACUCUUGCACCUUGUCAGUCACUUGAUGGAAAGCAUACAAUUUUUGGGAGGGUAUGCAGAGGAAUGGAAAUUGUUAAGCGCCUUGGAAGUGUGCAGACCGACAAAAAUGAUAGGCCCAUCCAUGAAGUGAAAAUCCUGCGAGCCGUUGUCAAAGAUUGAAGCACCUCAGUUCUACUUGGUGUCAUGACUUCUGAACAUCCGUUUAGUCUCGUAGCUGCGUUCAGGGCACUAAUGUGGCUCAGUUUCUCAAAAUAAAUCGUCCCAGGAUCAUAGAUCUCCUGUUUGCGUUAGUGGUCCUGUAAGAAGUACAUAUGAUGCAUUAUAUGACACAUGCAAAUCUAGCCAGUCCUGGCUUUGUAUGACUGUUCUGAAGUUUUUGAACGAGUGAUGUAUCCUUGGUCUGUCUGGCUUGAAAAUCUACCUUAUCAGUAUAUCAGAACUUUUAAGGUGUC